CGAGUUUAUUCGGUAGCGCGCCUCCAUCUAGAGAACAUCAAGGUGGUCGCAAUAACGACAUAAACGCAUUAGAUAAAUUCAUAUUUGUCAGUUACAAGCGAUAUUUCCGCAGUUUACGUAUUUUUUCGUUUGCCAAUUAACGACGCCAAGCGAACAUACAAAAGUGGUAAUAGCACCAAGCCUUAUCAGUUGCUUGCCUUCGUUUGGAUUAUAGCAAUUUAUGGUAAAGCAAAGUAGCAGUAACAGCAACAGCGUCUUUAAUAAAAUACAAAUAAGCAAAAAAAAAAACAUUAUCAGCAUUUACGGAGCAUAUUUAGAAAAGUUUACAUACAUUUACAUUUUGCGUUUGAAAUUUUUGCUACAAAGAGUAAAGAAAGCGGAUAAACAUUUAUGGCAUGUUUGGUGAAAUUCUUUUAAGAAGUUUAUUUACUACAACACAGUGGCAACAAUCAUAAGGGAAAAACACACAUUUUGCAACACUGAAAAAGCAUUAAAACCUAUUGACAGCGUCAAAAGAGCUGACAGCAACAGAAACAGCAAAAGUAGCAGCAGAAGCGAUAGUGCAGUGGAGAGAGGGAGAGAGCGAGCCAUAUAUAGUUUGACAUUUGUUGAUUCUGACAAGCGUUUAGUCGUAGCAGCACCCAAAAGAAGGAAUCGUAGAAAAAAAUAAUAGUCCGGAUUGCCAAAUUUUAGACGAUACGGUCCGUUUGGAAUUUGUGUUAAUUUAAAUAAAAAUUGGUUGAAAUUAAAAAUAGGAAUCGCAUCUCUCCGCGGCGUGCAUGUUACCUGGGUGUUCGUGUGUGUGUAUAAUCCUCCUGCAGCGGUCGUGCAGGCAGAGUAGUUCGUCGAGCCACAUGCGUUAAUUUGACAGUUGCGUGCAGCUGUCUCAUCGCCUCCUAGUUGUUAUUGUUGGUUGUGUGGUGUCCGAUUCGAUACAAAUACGAACCGAGAUUCCCUCAAAAAGUGUCAAAAGUGCGUUUUUUGUGUUUAUUUUUGGAAUACAAGUGUUUGCAGGCCACAAUAGGCACCAAUAUAAGAGCCACAUUCCCCCGUAUUACCACAUACAUACAUACAUGCAUAUACGAUUUGUACAAAUUUAGUAUUGAAACGUAUGAGAAAGUGGUAUAAUAGUGCUUAAAUUUGCAGUGCCGUGCCGUGCAGUACCGUGCGAUAACGUCGACCAACAAAUCAAUUGUUGCUGCAUACCUAACAACUAUUCUUUAAGGUGUCACAUACGCCCAGCAGUAAUAACUAACAAUCAACGGCGACGCCAGCAACCGCUCUAAAACAGCUGAUUGGCUAAGCAGUGUUUGUGUAAUUUUUUUUUUAACAAAAGUGUUAACAACAAGCCGUCACAGUGGAGAACUUCUACCUUAGAAUGGAUCCUACGCGAGGUGACUCGCGCUACAACCUCAACUACCCCAUGAGCGGCAUCGGCCUUAGUUUGGCCGAUCAAGCCGACAUAUAUGGUGGUAAUCCCGCAGCGGUUAGUGCGCUUGGUGGUCGACCACCAUCAGGCGGCCUCAUACAACCGAUGGGUGGUGGUGGCGCUGGUGUAGGAUUCAGUUCACGUUCGAGCGGUCUCAUGCCCAAUAGUACACAAUGUCAAUCGCUGGUCAGUGGCACUGCCAAUAGCACGGGUUCCAAUACAAGUCAUCAGCGUGGCAUCAAACGUGCAGGUAGCGAUUGUUAUGAAGAUCAUCAUCGUAGUAGUAGUGCUGCGGGUAUGUCAACACAAUCGCUACAAGGACUCGAUUGUGUUGGUGGCAGUGGACAGCAAAGUGCACAGCAGCAACAGCAACAGCAGCAGCAGCAACAGCAACAACAGAGUCAAGUUAGUGGCAAUGUGCCCGACGUGGUAGAUGACAGUUACACUGCAUUGCAAAACAAAAAGUCACCUCCUGCUAAUGGGAAGAAGACAAAAGGGCGAGUCAAAAUCAAGAUGGAAUAUAUUGAUAAUAAAUUACGUAGAUAUACGACAUUUUCGAAACGUAAAACCGGCAUCAUGAAGAAGGCCUACGAACUCUCCACACUAACCGGCACACAAGUGAUGCUACUGGUCGCCUCAGAAACUGGGCACGUGUAUACGUUCGCCACCCGCAAACUACAACCAAUGAUCACAUCCGAGGCUGGUAAACAAUUGAUACAAACCUGUCUCAAUUCACCCGAUCCGCCCAGCGUCGGUGGUGGAGAUCAACGCAUGUCAGCGACUGGCUUCGAAGAGACCGAAUUAAGCUAUAACAUAGCGGACGAGGACUCAAAAGUAAGACAAUUAAUUUACGGCCAUCAUGGUCAUGCUCAUCUCAGUCAUCCGCAAGCGCCUGCAUCACACUACGGACUCGAGCAGAGUAUAAUGCAAUCGCCAUAUAGUGGUGGUCAACCAUCUCCCCUGUCGCAUGCGCAAGCGUACGCUACACAUGGUGGACAUGCGCACCACACGCACGUACCGCAUGUGCCACAUUCGACGCAUUCGCAUAUGUCGCAUACGCAUUCGCAGCGAUAGGGUGGCAGGUGUAGGGCCGUUAGAGGGCUAACGUUUUAGGCAGUUGUGCGCGUAAAGCAAAAAAAAAAAAAAACAAAAAGAAAUGAUAAAUACACAAAAUAGAUGCUACAAGUGCCUUUUAGGUGUGAGGAGGGUGUUGUGAGUGUAAAGACUACAAAGCUUUGUGUUUGCGAAAGCUCUUGUCAAUAGAGUGAAUUUCUAGCAUGUAAAAGCACUUGCAUCUACUAGUGUUUUGAAAUGAAAUAUUUUAGUUCUAUGGAAGCUUGCUUCUUGCACAUGAGAGCCUUUCCACAAAUGAAAGCUUUUUGGUUUUGCGAAAGCUCUUAGGCUUGUGAAAGCUUUCAAGCGCUUUCACGAUAAUUUUCAUAACAUAUCUAGGCUUUGUUUAUUGCUUGGCGUGUACUUAAAAAAAAAUAUUUAGUUAAAAUUGACAUUCCAAACUUUUUCACUUUUAAACUGUUUCUCUUCUUGCGUAUAGAAAAAGGGCCAUAUGUAGCCGAAAGCUUCAUACGCGAAAGCUUUCAAGUUUACUUUAGUUGUAUGUAUCGAAUAAUAACGAAAACGAUCAUUGAUCUCGCCUUUAAUUAGAACAUAAAUGCUCAAUAAUUUAAUAUGAGACGAAUUAGAUGUGAAUGAGAAUAUGUAUUAAAAAAUAAAAUAAAAUGAAAUACAAAAACAAGAGAAAAAACGCAAGAAAAUAAAACGAAAAUACGAAACUAGUCAUUUAUGAUGAGUUGACAUGAAUCUAAAAAUGGUAAUAAGACAAAAUCCACUUACAUACAUGCAUGCAUACAUACAAACAAAUGCAGAAAAAAAACGCUCUUACAUAAUAACAUACACACACGCAUACAUAUAUAUUUACCAAGCUUGUUGUAAUCUCACAAGUAGUAAGUUGAUGAACUGUGCCAUAUUUUUUACUUCAAUUUCAAAGCAAAACACAAAAGAAAAACUGAAAACAAUCAACUAAAGACAAACGUAGAACACAUGUUUUAACGCCAGCGCUUCAAUGUGUAUUAAAAUAUAGUGUGCUUUUAGGCGCAUGACCUUUAACGCUACACUUUACGCGCUUCUUGAGCGUUAAACAUGAAUUCCAGUGCCAUAAAUUGGAGCUUAUUACUAUUUACGUACCCAGUGUAGAAGAGAUGACAAACAACAACAACAAUGUUCAUAGCGAAAGCAACAACAAAGAAGGCAUUAGUGUAGGCAAAGCGUAUAAAUAGUGAAUUUUUUCUUCCUUAAUUCAAAAAAAAAAAAAUAUUCAAACUGAAUUCAGUGCCAUUUUUGAAAAAAAGAACUAAAAAAAUAAAUAAAACGAAAAACUCCGAAGGAUUUAAGUUUUCUCGGGCUUUUGCAAAAUAAAUAUGAAUAUGCCGAAAGAAAUAAAGAAACGACAAUAAAUAUGCAAAUAAAAGGCAAUUAAAAAAAAUUUUAUAUUAUUUUGCGUUUUGCGUAAUAUAAUUUGUGCAAUAAAUUAUUUACAUAAUAUUUAAUUACU